CGCCGUGCUGCAGGAACCACUACAUAUCCGACCAGAGGGGGUGCCAUUUCACCUACACACGACGACGAGGAGCGUGCGCUUGUAUUUGCGGCUGGAGGCGAACGAGGCCCGACUGCACAGGCAAUUCCGCCAUGGGCCUGGAUGCGUUUGCAAGUGGGCUGAUGUGGGAAUUUGCUUCUAGAUGUUAUGGUGCUGGAAAUGGAGGUCGAGUUAAUCAGCCCACCAUCUUGAAGCUCAUCCGAGCUCGUUCGGUUUGCAUGCUGAGCCCGAACAUAGCCCGAAGACGCCCGAAGUUCCUGCACACACCAGCGCACGAGUUCCGAACGAAGAAAGACUGGAGCGACGACGGUGGUGUAAAAAGUGAAUUUUCGAUAUAGCCAUGUCAGUAUGAAUGGAAAUAUGUGUGCAUUGUGAGGUCUGAGAUAGUUCGAUAAAGUUACACAAAUUAUUCGUAUAUUUCUGGCCGUGGAAGCACUUUGGUGUAACAUUUUCGGAGUAUCGCUCCCGUUCCCGGAGUUGAAUCGGAGUGUGUUUUGCUGCGGGAUCUUUGCGUAAAAUGGAAGCCAGAACGAUUGGGCAGCAGCGAUUGUUUAUUUGAGUGCUUUCUCGGAAAAUUUCACUGUUGGUGGUGGCAAACAAUUGACAGUUAUAUUGAAAAGGGGUACGGAGGAGCGCUGAAUCGCGUGUAUGUGUGGUGUUUUGAAUUCUUGCAAAGUGACAGAGUGUGUGAUACGGUGGAUAGGUGCAAUCUGCAGUGCGAGAAUUAACGGGGAGAUAGUGUUUUGCUACAUCGAAUGCCUUUGCAACACGUUGAUCGACGUCCGACCGACUUGCUGUGAGAAUGUAAAGUUCAAUUGGUCUGCGCCGAUAGCCACCUUGAAAUAAUUGAUCGACGACAAUAUUGGCGCAUGCAGCUCGGCACGAAAAACGUAUCGAGAACAUAAUAAUUAGAUAAUAACUAAGACUAGUGGAUCGGUGGGGAAUCGAGAGUGUACACACUAGUGAAGCAAGGAAAAAAACAACAACUAUUUGUGUAUUGAGAAGAAAUAUUACCCUUAAACAGACGCUCGCACUCUCGCGCACACACUCUUUUUAUUUGUGUAAGAGGCAUCUAUUUCUUUUAUUAAUGUAAACAAGUAAAUGUUGAGACAUAUAUCCGAGAUCACAGUGUAAAGUGUUGUGGAAAGAUUUACUAAUAUACGUGAAGAAGGGCAGCAUCUUUGUGAGUGAAGCUGCGGUGAGGGCGAAUCGGAGAAAUUGCUGUAACAACACGCAGAACAUAGUCGAUACCAGGUCGAUAUGUAAAUGCAUCUCCAGGAUAGAAUCGGCACACCAGUCACGGCUGCUGCUGAUAGAUCUGCAAGUUGAAGGUGAUGAGCGAGUGCCAUGCUGUGUAUGCGUGUGUCGGCAGCUUACAAGAAAUUAAUGGUCGAACCUUGUUGUAGACAAUCGUGAAGAGAAGGUACAACACAAACGUGCAAAAAACAAUCGGCGGUGGAUUUUGUUUGAAAAUUGCGGAAAAGAACACUUAAACAAGCCAAUUCAGCCCUAUUAUAAAGGCCAGCAGCAUCGGCGUGUUUCACCAAAGAGCCGAAGAUGAAAGUUAAUAAAAGUGAAACUCGUAUAAUUAAUGUUAAGCACAUAAGUGAGCAAGUAAAAUAAGCUGCGUUACAGUGCUUCUUUCAAUCUGCUUCUGUCGUGUGAUUGAUAUCUUUUGAAUAGCUAGUAAAGUUUAUUCGCCAAAACGAAAGGAAACCAACUCGCGUCUUAAACCCCGGGCCAGAUCGAUUUGCCUCAUUAGUCAGACAAAAAGUAAAAAAAAAAACGGGCCAUGGAAGUACUACCUCUCCGAGUGUGUUUCGGCGAUGGUCCGAAAUACUCGUGGACUGUCGAUUGUAGGCGAAAUGUUUAUCAUUAAACGCCGAUUCGGCACAGUCCGCGCUAAAUCACUUCAAUAGCCGAGUUCCGAAAACUGUUCAUUACCGCCGCGCAUUGAUUCAGCCAGCCAGUGAAGUGAAUCGGAAGAGCCGAAAUAGGAAAGACUAGAAAUAAAAAGUAACACACCAAAAAUAGUUUGAAAUUCGUGUCAACUUCCCAUCCACACGUCAUGUUCGAGAGGAAAAUUCCGAAUCGUCGGUGUGCGAGUGAUGUAAUAAUAUAUGCGGGCGUAAAGUAGUAAGAAAGGUUAGGCGAAAGAAAAAAAACGGUUCGUUGUUUUCAAUGAGCAAUCUGUUGUGUGAGCCACGGAGAAGUAAUAGUUGAUGAAGCGGAGAAAUCUUGCAAAAAAAAAACGGCAUAGCGAAGCUAAAGUAGCAACAACAAAAAAAAGUUAGAGUCAGAGUUGUAGACAACAACCAGAAGAAACAAAAUCACGACUUCACCACACCACAGUUCAGUUCGCGAGAGUCUGAAUGAAACUAGAGCGGCGCGGAUGGAUGAAACCGACAGAACGACGAUGAUCCAUUUCGCAAGAAGCAAUCAUUUUUACAGCAGUCGACGGUACGAGUUGACCAGCGCCGUCGCCACCGCCAGUGACAGCAGAAUGGAUCACCCUAAAAGUAGUAGCACAAUAACCGCCGCACCUACCAGUGGAUUUUUCAAGUUCCUAGCCAGAUUUUCGGGGAGGAGACGGAUAAGUUAUCGGAUACGAAGAUUAUCUAGCCUGUUUUUCCCCUUUGUUGCAAUCUUCCUAAUAUUAAGUACAGUAUCCAGAGUAACAGACGCAUGUUCCAGUCGGACAACUCCUAAACCUCGUCCACCUAGUCCAACGGCUAGACCAAAUAUCACAUUCCACACGUACAAGUGUCCACCGGCGUACGCAGCCUGGUAUUGUCUGAACGAUGCCACAUGUUUCACCGUCAAGAUCGGUGAUUCGUUGCUGUAUAAUUGCGAGUGUGCGGACGGUUAUAUGGGUCCUAGGUGUGAAUAUAAAGAUCUAGACGGAUCUUAUCUGCCAACUCGGCCUCGAGUGAUGCUGGAAACUGCAAGUAUAGCUAGUGGUGCCAUUGUCGCGGUGGUCCUUGCGACGAUAGUUUGUUGCUACAUCUGCGUACACAAACACCAGCAGAAGAAAAGACUGGAACUGGAAAUCGCCAACGGCGGCGUCGACACGGUGGACGGCGUAGCGGUGCUGCGAACGGUGCGGAGUGACCAGCCAAAGCGGCCGUUCGGUUCGCACCACCUGCGGACGAUACCGAUGAGCGAAUCGUUGAAACGAUAGAGACACUAACUAGCAAACAAUCUAAGCAAAACAAAAAAGAUGCCUCCUCGGGAUUGACAAACUAUACAUUGAAAAGACAAAUUGCCUUCAACAAACAACAUACUAAAACAAGAGCAAGAAGCUCUAUUGGACGCCUUAUGGAAAGUUUACAACAAAAAUGGCAACAUGUUUCAGUGCAACUUUAUACUGCCAUAAUCCUAACAACAUUUUACAACAAUCUACCACAUAAGAAUGGAGCAAACUUAACAACCAACAACUAAACAAAAAAGGCGUAUAACAUUUUCUGAUAUAUAACAACAGGUGCCUAUACUACUAGAAUACCAUUUGUGAUCAGGAAAAAGCAAAAAAAAAAUCAAAAACAGAAUGACGUCAUUCAAACAUUUGCAGCAAACAUUAAACUCACGAGCUGAUUUGGAUAAGCUCGUCGGACAUUAAAAAACAGAAACAUUAAACGCAUGCAAGUAAAGUAACCUACAAUACCGUCCCAAAAGGGUUCCAUUUGGCCAACAUGGAAGAAAGAGGAAAAAAUCGUGAUAAUUCAUAAUAGGAUUUAAAUUUUUAUCCUUUUAACCACGCCACAUUUUUUUUAUUGUUUUAAAAAAAAGUUGCCGAGGCGGCCAGGUUGGAUAUUUUAGCUAGACUUGGUAUUUAAUUUCAAUUCGAAACAAGAGAAGUAACAUUAUCUUGCCAAUUUAGGAAGAAAUCGAAAACCAAUUUUAAUCAUUUCUUUAAUGUGCCAUCUUCUCAAAUUCGGAUAUCGUUUUGCGUGGGUUCCGUUGCUUCACGUGUGCUGGCGGGAGAGGUGCGCGCGAAGCAAUAUUCAACUUAAACGCUGACAGAAGAGAUCAAUAGACACACACAUUCAAAAAUGCACCCAACAAACGUCGAAAAAAUAAGUGAAAAGCACGCUCAGUCAGAAUUGUUAGGCCAUUGCUCUACGGCAAAGUAGACGAUUUCUUGUCAAAAAAAAAAAAACUCCCAAAAUACCAGACUAUCACAAUUUCAUGCCAAAACAUGAGAGAUUGUACGCGAUCUUGUCUCUAUUCAACUCCCCGACUUUUCCUCAACCCCGAUUAGUAGCAGCUUACUAUUAUUAUCGAGUUAACUAUUUAAUUAUUUAUUUUAGCUACUUCAUGCCCUCUGUACACUGUUUGAGUUGAGCAUACAUGUUGAAAAUCUAAGAUAAUGUGAUAGUCUGAACGAACAUUGCUGCUUCAGCAGUUGUUCUUACGUAAAAGGCAGUCUCUGAAAGGAAGCGAAAAAUACGACCUGUACAUUUU